UUAAUUCAUUCGAAGAAAUUUGAAAUGUAUGACUAUGGACGUUCUGGAAAUCAAAAACAUUACGGCCAGCGUCUUCGAUAAAUUAUGGUAAAGGCAAAACGUUGACAGGAGUAACAUAAAUAAUGAAAAAUGAUGAUACAAGCUGGGAUUACUUUCAUUUUUGUUUACUCAAUUUCAUUGGCAUCAGCGCAGUUUCCCGGCAUGCUUUCUGAGCACGAGAAAUUACGGGAAGAUAUCAAAAAAUCUUUUCAUGAGGGAUACCAAGCUGCAUUACAAGAAAGCCUCUCAAAAAAUUCCAAUGAAAAAAGAUACGACAUAGCGACAUUGAAUCAAGCUGCAAGAAACCGCAACCCUUUGUUGAGUAGUUAUGGAGGAGAUCCCUAUGGUAUGGGUAGUACAAUGCUAUCAAAACAGCACAUAAAAUUUGGCAAGAAAAAGCGAUCUCUAGGUAUUAAGAUCAAACGCCACAUCAACUCGAUGCAAAAUGCACUUAAGGAUGCUUACACAUCUGGUUAUAAAGCUGGAAAAGAGAUGAUAGCAAAGAUACGAAAAGAAAAUUCUGAAAAAAGAUUUAGUCUUGAAAAACUAAAUCAUGCUGCUCGCCAUCGCAAUGUUUACCUGGACGCUGUUGGUGGUGAUCCCUAUGGAGGAAGUAGCGUGGUUUCUUCUCAGCAACAUAUCAGUUGGAGUCGUGGAAAACGUUCUACGUCACAUGAAACUCAAACUAUCUGAAUGAUGUAAAAAUAUCUAUCAAUAUAUGUUUAAAAAAAUUUUUA